GCCCCUUCCGCCCGACACGAGCGCCAGAGCUCCGGAGUCGCACGUAACAAUAGUACCGGAAAGUACGGGUAACCGCCACCUCGCCUUUCAUUUUCAUUGAGGAAAUAAAACUGAAAAUCCGGGGUGACUUUCUCCAGGUUGUACAUAGCUUCACAAGCUAGGAUUUUUUAAAGGAGAAGUCGCCUUUAGCUAACGCUACACUAGCCGUGGUGAUUAAUUAGCAGUGCGAGCUCAGCUCAGCUCGAGGAGGUGACUGCACACGGGCGGGACCGUCUCAACUUUCCAGCACUUUCCACACUCCUGCCUGCGUGGAGAGCUCGGUUAUACACGCUUCCCUGUCUAAAAGGUUGGUGUCGUAGCCUAUUUGUGUAGCCCACCAUGUUUAGUUGGUCUAAAAGGCAGGGGAAGAAGGAGCCGGAGCUUUUUCAAAAUGUCUCCGAGGGGCUGAAGCGGCUGUACCGCCAGAAACUCUUCCCUCUGGAGGACACCUACCGCUUCCACGACUUCCACUCCCCGGCGCUGGAGGAUGCUGACUUCGAUAACAAGCCCAUGGUGCUUCUGGUCGGACAGUAUUCUACCGGGAAAACGACCUUCAUCCGGCACCUGAUGGAGCAGGAUUUUCCCGGGAUGCGGAUCGGCCCAGAGCCCACCACGGACUCCUUCAUCGCGGUGAUGCACGGAGACCAGGAUGGGGUCAUACCGGGCAACGCGCUGGUAGUGGACCCGAAAAAGCCCUUCCGAAAACUCAACGCCUUCGGAAACGCCUUCCUCAACAGGUUUAUGUGUGCUCAGAUGAAGAACCCUGUUCUAGAGAGUAUCAGUAUCAUCGAUACCCCAGGCAUCCUGUCAGGGGAGAAGCAGAGGAUAAGUCGAGGCUAUGACUUUGCGGCUGUACUCGAGUGGUUCGCCGAACGAGUGGACCGCAUCAUUCUGCUCUUCGAUGCCCACAAGCUGGACAUCUCGGACGAGUUCUCUGAGGUGAUCAAAGCUUUAAAGAACCACGAAGACAAGAUGCGUGUCGUAUUAAACAAAGCGGACCAGAUCAGCACGCAGCAGCUGAUGAGGGUGUACGGUGCCCUCAUGUGGUCAUUAGGGAAGAUCAUUAACACCCCGGAGGUCGUGCGGGUCUACAUCGGUUCUUUCUGGGCGCAGCCUCUCCAUGUGGCCGAUAACAGGAAGCUGUUUGAGGCUGAAGAACAAGACCUUUUCCAAGACAUCCAGAGUCUUCCACGGAACGCUGCCUUAAGAAAGCUGAACGAUCUGAUUAAGAGGGCACGUCUGGCCAAGGUGCAUGCUUACAUCAUCACCUCUCUAAAGAAGGAAAUGCCCAGUGUGUUCGGCAAAGAAAACAAGAAGAAGGAAUUGAUUUCCAACUUGGGUGCCAUCUAUGAGAAAGUGGAGAGAGAACACAACAUUUCUCCUGGAGACUUCCCGAACCUCAAAAAGAUGCAGGACCUCUUGGCUGGCCAAGAUUUUUCCAAGUUCCCUGUAUUAAAGCCCAAACUUCUAGAGUCUGUUGAGGACAUGCUGGCCAACGACAUUGCCAGGCUCAUGGCACUUGUGCGCCAGGAAGAGGCAGCCAUGCCUUCUCAGGUAGUAAAAGGCGGAGCCUUCGACGGCACCAUGAACGGGCCAUUCGGCCAUGGUUACGGAGAGGGCGCCGGAGAGGGCAUCGACGAGCUGGAGUGGGUGGUAGCACGUGACAAGCCAUCAUAUGAUGAAAUCUUCUACACACUCUCGCCCAUUAACGGCAAGGUGUCGGGCGCCGCCGCCAAGAAGGAGAUGCUCAAAUCCAAGCUGCCAAAUACAGUGCUUGGCAAGAUCUGGAGUCUGGCUGAUGUGGACAAAGAUGGCUUUCUGGACGAUGAGGAGUUUGCGUUGGCCAACCAUCUGAUAAAGGUGAAGCUAGAGGGCUACGAGCUACCCGCCAAGCUGCCCUCUCACCUGGUGCCCCCAGCUAAACGUGGGCAAACGCAGGAGUGACACUUUGGAAGACCACAUUAGCUCUUGAGCUGUGGCUCAUUUCAGCCUUUGACUGUCCCAGCCAUUCCAGGAUUUCUUUUAAAUAGCACCUCAGCAGUUUAUCACGUUACCUCACACCGUUUUGUUAAAAUGAACAACGUUAGGGCUUUUGAGGGACUCAUCCAGUUGCUGUACAUAAGGCUUUUUUCUCCAGAUUUCUUGCAGUCUAGAGAAGUAGUUACCGACAUUCUACUUUCAUUUGGUCUGUUUUGUUUGAUAAUGUUUUGUGACCAUUCACUUCCACAGAGCUGUGAUUUAUUAUUUUUUUUCCUUAUUGAUGAAAAUUAAUCUGGCGUGAUUUAUAAUGUUUCUUUGUUUAUUCUGAAGCUGGAGUAAUAGACUGUUAAAUAUCUGGAAUGGCUUUGGAUCCAAAGACUGAACCUGAUCUCAAAAAGAUGUGCCUGUAAAAGAUUUGGGGUUUGGAUGUGUAUGAAAACACAAGACACCACAUUCAGGAAAAGAUUGGAAAAUGCACUUUGCUGGUACUUAUGUAGCGGAUGACAGUUUUAGAGGAGCAUGGGCCAGGAGAAAUUAUUAAGGAUAAUGGGUGGGAAAACUAAUGUGAAAUAUAUAAGUAUACAUACAAAAUAUUAAAUAUAUCCCUAUUCUUUGUUUGCAACUUAACUUAUUCUUCUUUAAAUCUGUAUUUUUAUAUAUUGAAAUUUGACACUAUAAGUUUCUCUUGAUUUGUGUUCCUGUCUAUGAAGACUGUCAUGCAUUUUCAGUCCUUUUUUUAAUUGGUGGUGGGAUUUCAUAUAGUUUCUCCUCUUAUAGCAACUGUUAUUCGUCUGAUGAAAAAAAAAAAAGAAUAAACAUUUAUGAACAACCUAGUUAAAA